AUGAAUUCUUUAGCAAGAAUAAAGAAUUUUAGAAAUCCAUUACAAUAUACACUAUUAAGAAGAACUUUUGUCACAGAAUUUGAUAUAAACUUUUUAAAGAAUGAAAUAAAGAAUAACAGUAAUCAAAUAAACAACCUAAAUAUUUUAAAUUAUAAAUCUCAAAUUAUCAAGAAACCAAAGAAAUUAAGACCACAUAUCAAUCCAUUUUCAGUUAAAGAGAUUAUAAAAAUACCAAAAUGGGACCAGAUAUAUAGCAACUUAAAACUACCAUUUCAUAUUGACUUGGGAUGUGGUCAAGGUGAAAUGUUAUUGGAAAGAAGUUUAUUACAAAAAGAUAAAAAUAUGUUGGGUAUAGAUAUGAGGGAUGUCUAUAUCGAUAUUGCUAAAAAUAAACAAUUUAUCAAAGAAAAUAAUACCAUAAAUACUACUACUACUACUAAUAAUAAUAAUAAUAAUAAUAAUAUUAAUAAUAAUAAUAAUAAUAAUAACUUACAUUAUAUAAUUGCAAAUAUAAAUUUAAAUAUAAAAAAUAUCAAUUUAUCAUUACCAAAGGACUCCAUUAAAGAAAUUAGUAUCUUUUUCCCAGAUCCUUGUUUUAAAAAGAGUCAUCACAAAAGAAGAUUGAUCAACAAAGCACUAGUUAAAGAUUUAUAUGAAAGUACAGCCGACGAUGUAGUAAUAUAUAUUCAAACCGAUCAACAAGAACUGGGUUUGGACAUUCAACAACAUUUUAUUAGCUCCAAUUUAUUUAUUCAACAAAAUAUCGAUUCAUUAGUUUGGAAUAAUUUAUUCCCAAAAUCAAAAUAUCAAAGAUUAUUCUCACAGGACCCCCAAAGAUAUGUUUUUAUAAAAAAAAUUGAACCAAAAUAA